CGGCGGCGGCGGCAGCAUCAUCAAAGAGCCCCGAUUCCUGUCGCCCUGGGAGCCAUGCGCUGCUGUCUGUAAUGUCAGCGGAACAGGAGAAGGACCCCAUCGCGCUGAAGAGAUCCCGAGGUGGUGACAGUGGAUUGGAUGGGUUAGGAGGACCAGGAGUACAACUUGGAAGUCCUGAUAAGAAAAAGCGCAAAGCAAAUACACAGGGAUCAUCAUUUCUUCCUCCAUCUGAAUAUGCUCCACCACCGAAUCCAAGCUCUGACCACCUUGUAGCUGCAAAUCCAUUUGAUGACAACUAUAAUACUGUGUCUUAUAAACCACUUCCUUCAGGAAAUCCAUAUUUUAGUAAUCCUGGUUAUCCCGGCUUUGGAGGCUAUAACACUUUCAGAAUGCCACCUCACAUGCUGCCCAGAGUGUCCUCGCCUUAUGGUGGUUCUUACUCCCUCAGAAAUCAACCACAUCCUCUUCCUCAAAACCCCGUGGGAAUGGGUUUUAGUAGACCUCACUCUUUCAGCUUCGGUCCACACGACAACCCAGCUUUUGGGAAUCAACCACCUUACAGUAGUGGCCAAAUAAAUCAAAAUGUCAGUAUGCCUGGUCAGCACUUCAGGCCAAAUCCUGGUGAGAACUUCGGUCAUUCUGGCCAGAUACCUCACCCUGAUGUGCCAUCUAACUUUGGUCCUGGAAACAAUCCAAAUUUCCCCAAUUCUCAGCUAGAGUCAAACCAUUCUUUUGUACCUCCACCAAACACCUACAACCAGACAAAAUCAUCAGCACAAAAGCAAGACUUUAGUCAAGGUGCAAGCAAAGCAGCCAGCCAGAACACUGCUCCUCAUCAGCAUCAUCACAGGACAGAGGAGAUUGUGGGUCAGGGUAACAGUGACCUAAAAAAUGUUACUCGAAACAAUGUGGUAAAUCAGGAUAAUAGCCAUUCUAACAGUGCUGAUAACACAAAUGCUGGUCAUUCAAAUGGGACUCAGAGUAAGUCCCGCCAGCCCCGAGGUACUGCUGAAGGAUGCAACUCUGAAAAGAGCAGCAAAAUGCCCCUUCAUCCCAGUCGUCAUGGUCACUCAUCCUCUGAACCUGUCUAUCCAUGUGGAAUUUGUACACAUGAAGUUAAUGAUGACCAGGAUGCCAUCCUAUGUGAAGCCUCUUGUCAAAAAUGGUUUCAUCGGAUCUGUACAGGCAUGACUGAGUCAGCCUAUGGCCUUCUCACAGCAGAAGCAUCAGCAGUAUGGGGUUGUGAUACUUGCAUGGCUGACAAAGAUGUCCAGUUAAUGCGUACAAGAGAGACUGCAGGACCACCUGCACUGAAUACAGAUGGCUAACAAUGUGAGUUGGUCGUGGUGGUUGAAAUACUUGCUAUGAAGAUUUGCUUAUAAAUUGAGUACUUCACUUUUUGCAGACAAUCAGUUGUGUUUGAUUGCUGUCAUGUUUUUUCCCUAAUCUGUUUUCAUUCAUAAACUCCCGUCUCAGCCUUUGGACUCUUAGUAUUACAUACAAAACUGUCUUACAGAAUGGGAUAAUUUUUUUUUUCUGAUUAAACUCUAAAAUAUAACUGACAACUGAUCAGAAGUAGGGUAUAUAUUGGCAAUUGUAUUGAAAGCAAAAAUGUGCCAGUAUGAAUAACUCCUAAUUUGCCAGUGUCAGUGUGUUAACUAAUACUAGCAUUCAUUGCUCUGCUUUAAUGGUACUAUAUUUGCAAGUACUCAUUACAUAUAUUUUUUUGGGGGGUGAAUACCCAUUGCUGGUGUUCUUGCUAUCCUUUCUUUGAAUAUAAUGGACAUGACAUGGAAGAAUGUUCAGUGCUAAUAGUGUUUAUUUUAGGAUAAAUACAGAGGAUUUCAUGUGUGCUUUGUCCUAUUUUUGAAGAAAAUCAUUAGCAGACUAUUCAAGAAUUGAUGAGUUCCUGCUUAGUAACACAAUGAAACCCAAUAGUUCUUACACAUCUGUAUUUCCUUGAAAAAUCAAUGAUCUCUCUUGACUUUGUACCAAAUACUCAAUGGAGGCUUUUGCUAGGUCUUGGAGACAGUUACAAAAUGUGAUUACAUUGGAAAACUAACACAUCAAAUUUAUGAAGUCCAGUGCUUUAAAUAUAGAGCAUGCCAAAACUAGGAUUGCAUAUGUAACCCUAAUUCAUUCAUCUUAAGCAUAUACCUUAGGAUCCAGUCUCUGCUUCUGUCACGGUUGUGUAGUCAUGCACUUCUCAUCCUUUCUCACUGAUGGUUCUGGUCUCCUUCCUCAGUGCUGCCUGAGAAUUGUGAUUGAACUAGUGCAGGGAGAGCCCUGCCAAUCUCCUAAGGUCUUCAGCUAGAGCCUGCUCAGUCAUCCUGAGCUUACACAGUCUGCUUGGCAUGAAGGAGGGUGCAAGGCAAUGGAGUGUGCUCAGCACAGGCUCUAAAUUGCAGGUGAUUUGGUCAGCAAAGUCUUAAAACUGAAUUUCCAUCACUACCUCAGCCAGCCUUGCAGUGAGGGGGUUGAAAGUCUGAGGAGGUGAAUUAAAAUACAGCUUUCAUGUCAGGUACAUUUGGCUCUCAUCAGGAGCAAGUGAUCAUAAGUUUAGCUUCUUUGCUAAAUUUGACAUCCUAUCCUUGAAUUAUCUCAAAAAUACAUUUCCUCCCCCCCCCCCUUUUUUUUUUUUGUUUUUUUUUUGUUUUAGAUGUGGAGAAACAUCUAACCUUGAACACUUCAGCCUUAGCAAUGCGAUAAAGUUGCAUGUGCAACUGAAAAUUGAUGUUUCUGUGGAGAGAAGUGUUCCUUUAAAUAAAAGGUGGCACUGUAAUAGCUGACUCUUACGGUAAUACCACCAUGAUAGUAACUUUGCUUUUAAACAAUCAGCAGUUAAAUCACAUGUCAAGCAUUACAGGUACUAGUCAUGCUCCUUAAUGUGAUAAAUUGUUCAGGUCUGUGGUGAUGAGUGAUGUAGGAGCCUAUAUGGAAUACAGUCGUCUGUAUAGAGAGGUAGUUUUUAUGGUAAGCUACACUAAUGAGUGAAAAGUAAAGCUUUUUUGCUAGUUCACCAUUGUGUUUGGUUUUAAAUGGGCUCUACUGUGGUACUUCCGUGGAAAAUAUUGCACAGAUCUACAAAACUGUCCCUGUUUUAUUUUAAAAAUAAAAAGUUUUAUAUACUCUUUAACUGGCAAAAUGCAGGAUUGCCAUCCUUUUCUGUCUUGUCUCUCAUCAGGAAAAAGGAAAUGUGUACAUUUAAGUGUAAAUGACACAAUUCACAUCUUGAGGAUUUCCUGUGUGGAGAUAUAGAGAAAGUCUAAGGCACAUCCAGGUCUUCUGUUUUCAUCACUAUUUGCUUUGUUUAACACAGAAACUAAAUCAUGUUUUGCUAGAGGUGUGAUAUUUGAAAACAACAAAAAGGCAACUAAGCAACAAUCUCUUUUAGAGAGAUUUAUUCUUCAGUAGUUUUCCUAGUGACUGACUGACUGUUAGGAUUUGCUUUUGGUUUCUGAAGUAGAAAUCAAACCAAACUUUGUCAGAUGGAUUUAUUCCUUUGAGAAUCAAUUCAGUCUUAGCAAAAAUUUACACUGUGAAGGUAGUGGAGCUGAUUCAGACUUAGAGCAGUUUAAAUUCAGUAAGAAAACUUUGCUAGGUGAAAAUCUAACAAAAACUCUAAUGAUCAUAAUUUUACACCAAUGGAAACAAUGUUGACAACACCUUUUCCACUCCCACAUCCCAUUUCUGUUGUGAGAAAGCGUUUGGGGCAUUUGUUCUCAGAACUCCAACAUCUUAACAUUUUGGAGCAGACAGUGUAGUUAAUCUGUAAUCCUAAGGCUCUUCCUCAACCCUCCAUGAAGUUAGGCAAGUGUUUUCUAUAUUAUCUAGCAAGACAUCAGGAUUUAAAUAUAAUGUUCUUACAAAUUUAAAAUCAAGUGGGGUAUCAUUUUAUAAGGCCUUCAGUUAUGUAUUUGUGAAACUUACUCUAACAACUUAUUUCAGGAUUUUUAACUGAUACUAUGUUGGGUUUCCAACAUAGUUAAUUUUCUUCAUUUAUUAACCUACAAAUUCAAGACAUUAGCAAACACCAAUUGCAUUAAAAAAAAAUAAAUUAACAACAAAACCAAACUUACCACACUGAUCACAGAGGUGUGACUAAUUAGCAUCUCCAGAAAUCAUCCAGCCAAUAUUUUUGCUCAACUGAUAUGCUCUUGGCAUACCUGGACUCCUUAUCUAGAGGGUUAUACUUUGUUUUUCUCUGCAUGUAUUGACAAGUAGUAGUUCAAGUAUGCACAGGGAAAACAACAGUCAUGUUUUGUUAGUAAGAUAAUAGGAAAAUGUCAGAUGGUUAGAAUUAGAAAUUAGUUAUA